AUGCCACAACUCCCUGGCGACGGCGCACCUUCUAUUCUCCACGAUGGCACGCUUGAGAAUUUCGCUACUGAUGGUCGGUACGCCUUUGACAGCACCGGUUACGUUCUACUGGACAACGGUGGGAUCCUGGCAAGCACUUUUGAUGUUAGCCCGCCAGGUUCCUCUGAUACCGAAAGUCUACACAAAGGUGCCUCAUACGCCUCACAUGGCAACGAAAGUACACCUUCUCGUAUGGCGGCAAGCAAUGCGCCCACCAAUAUGUCCGAUUCUUGGGAGAUGGAUAUCGAUUCAAAUAAUUCCAUCCAAGGAACGUCCUCUAAGGAGACGAUUCCCCAAAUCGACCGAUCCAUGACAGAUUCCUCAGUCACCUCGAGAGACUAUGUGAUUGUCACCGACAGAGCACAACUAGCCGCUGCCAUGUCACAGCUUGAUGAUACUACCAUGGCAGGAUCUGAUCCAGCAAUUCGUCAGAAUUCGGCUGAGUGCUCAUGGGUCCAGCUUUCGAACCGUCACCAGGAUGGCUUCACUGGCUUAUCAAGCUCGACAGCAUCCGGAUGCCCAAAUAGACAGUCCUUCGAAGCUCCUGGGGCAUUCUGGACUCCGGACCAUCUGUUUUCCGUAGUCCAGGGUCGCGAACUUGGCUUCCCGUGGGAGUCUAUCGGCCCUCAUCCAGUUCAGUGCAAGAAACCCAGCACCACCGAUCCUCUUAGCAUUCCAGAGUCUCAAGACAGCCGUGAAGUUUGUGACUGGCCUGCGCGUGCCGGAGCAUUGCCCACCGAGGACUUCAGCGGGCAACACUGGCCUCAAGGAAACACUCAGAUGCAACAACACACAUCUCAACCCUUAUUCACAAACCCGCAGACCUCGACUAUGAAUGUUGCAGCAUAUGAAGACCUCCCAUUGCCUAGUCGGUUUGGAUUCGGCCUUGCUCGAACGUCUUCACCAGAAAACACGGAGCUGAUUUACCACGAAAGUUCCUCAUCGGCCGAAAUUAACGUGCUCGGCACGAACAAAAUUAUACCAACGCACGGCAGCACCCAAUGCCACCGUCUUCGAGGCAAUGAAGACAUGAGGCCAAUUGCAACGAAGCCUUUCAAAACCCGUUCCUCCCCUACACAACGCUCCAACAGAACAUCCAGCGUGACCACCAACGGCGUUCAGAAAAAGAAAUCAACCAGAACGCUCCCCGAAGGUGGAAAAGAAAAUUAUCGCAAAGUACGAUUAAUUCAUGCCUGUGUGGAUUGCCAGCACAUGAAGAAGGUGUGCGAGACUGCCUUUCUGCUUUGCGAGAGAUGCCGAAUGAUUAUAAAGGGUCAAACACACUUGGCCCCUGUGAUUUGCUAUCGACUAAAUUUUGAACUAGUGUUUUUGGUGACCUCAGACUUCUACGGCGUUGAACAGCGCGGCAAUAGCAUUAAGAGUAAGAUUGAGUCAAUGCACGGCGAAAUGCGCUAUUUAUUUCUCGGGGCCGGCCUUCGGGAAUAUGGAAAUGAGAUCAGCAUCGACAUUGAUGAAUCAAGCGUGCUUCUCGUCAAGAUCCAAACCACGACAACCACGCAGAAGCAGCAUUGGAUCACGACGCAACUUCCAUGCCUCACUGCCAGUAUGGUAACUCCAAGAGAUGGCGCUGAAGAGAACUCAUAUGCCAUUGUUCCAGACUGUCUGCCGGAAAUCGACGAUUUGGAUGACUGGGGUCGUCAAGAUAUUCGAGACCUGGCUCUCAAAUGGCCCUCGAAUCUGGAAGCCUUAUAUGAUCUAGCCCUCCUGGAGUACCUCGAAGUCACCCCACGACUGCCCUGCUAUAGUAUUGUCAAUGCCACUAUGCGAAUCGUUAGCCUCGGGAAGAAUUUGGACAGCCGUCGUCCCAUCGAUCAUAACAAAAUCGUGGAAGUGAUUACAAAGCAGCAACCGACAUUCCCGCGGUUUGGAAUCGACGAGUUCAAUGAAUGCAAGGCAUACUUUCAACUUCCAAUGACUGCUCGGACGCAACUCUACAUCCAUGCAGCCCAAGCGAUCGAGAAGACUCAACUGGAACUCGGAAAGGAGAUCGACAACCUUCUGAAGGAUAAGGAAUUGAAAACGAAAAGCAAUUUCUUGGCGGUGAGCGCAUGCUUGCGGCGCCUAGGUUUAGAGUAUCGACAACGCCUUCAGAGAUAUCGUUGCUUUGCCUCAGAUGAGGUAGAAGACCGAAUUAGACGGUGCCAUUACAUGUACGCUCUUUUCACCCGUCUUUAUGAUGUUUGGUGCCGUGGCACAGCCUUGUUCUCGGAAGGGACCGUGGUCCAGUAUAGCGAGGGUCUUCAUUAUAAUAAAGACCUCAUCGACUCCUUUUCGAGGUUGUGCCCUCGGGAGCGGAAAUAUUGCGAGGCAAUACUUGUUGACUCGAAUGUCGACGACUCAAUUUACAGGAAGCUCGUUGCAGAGAAGGCGCCAAAAGGCGACAGGAAAUCUCCCAAAAGCUCCAAGGUCCCACAACGUUCCACAGUCUGAGGAGUAACCUGCUCCCUGUGGACUCCAUGUUCUAUGUGGUUCUUGACGUGUUUAA